AUGGUGAAUCACAAGCAGGUGGGUGUUUGGAAUUUGUAUGAUAUUCUCCGCGGAGUCCAGAACAAGAAGGACUUGGAAACUGCUUUGCAAACUAUCAACUUGUUUUACAACUUCGGCGUGAAGCUGAAGCAUCAUGAGCUGUCAACGCGGCUUUUGGCAGCAUCCAUGCAAGCGCCAGACGAGGAAGAAGCUUCAGAGCUCAUCCGUUUGUAUGGCACUUGGUUGGAACAUCCGCCCGAUGCAUCAGUUGUGUAUGCAGUCAUGUCUCACUUUUUGGACAAUGGCAAGCCCAUGAUGGUCAGGGCCAUUGCCCAGCAGUUGCGGGAAGACUGGCGAUUCGUGUUAGAGGCUCCCCUCUACAACUUGUCGCUGCAGGCAAUGCUAAUGUUACCUGAGGAUGGCUUGGACGAGGCGUUGGUGCUUUUUCAGGAUGCCAUGCAUAUGGGUGUUCGGUUACCGCCCUGA